GGUGUGGACUGGCAGCCACUCCGCAGCUGGUCGCCGGGGACCCGGUCCCUCCCGCGCGCCGAGUGAUGGAGGGGAAGAGAUUCGCUUAGACACACACGCGCACACACAGCUGGGCACGUCCCUGGGAGGCAGCUGCCGGCUGGGGCGCGCCGGGGGCCGGGCGGCGGCCGUGACAGCGUCAGCCGCGGGGAGCGGGGAGCCCGCACAGCUUGGCACCGGUGGCUCCGACCCGGGAAGGGAAGAACCCAGCGGAUCGUUGCUUUUGGGGGGGCGAAUCAGGAGGGAGCAGGCUGCCCUAGGAACUGUCGCCGGGGACGCCAAAGACUCUGCCCUCCGCGCUCAGACGCGCCGGUGCCCGUGCGGGGCGAGAAGGAUGCGCCCCUCCUCCCGCCGAGCGGCUGCGGGCCCCGGCACCGCGCGGACACGAGCUCCGGCGGCCGCCCGUGCCGUGCCCGCGCCGCGGGAGCGCGCCCUGCCGCACCUGGCUCCCGUCUCCCGGGGCAGCGCGGGGAUCGCUCCCUAAACUCCGCUGCGCACUUCUCGCCGCUUCCGCCUCCUGCCGGCGCCCGGCCCGGCCCGCGCCAUCGCGCUGCCAUCGCCGCCGGCGCGCGGGGCCCGCCUGCCUCGGACUCUCCGGCGCGCACGCAGAGCCCGCUCUCCCGCUCGCAUUCACGCGGCUCGUUCUCCGCCGCGCCAGCCCGGGCAGCCAAAACUACUGGCCCAACCGCCGCAGGGACUGCCAGAGCCGCCGGGGCCCGGCGCCACCUGCCCGCGCCCUGGGCUCCCGCCGCGCCUCCGCCGCCACCGCCUGGGACGACGGGCCCAGCUGAACAUGCUUACACAAGUCUUUGGAAGAUGUAUCAUCUUAUACAGAUAUGACUAAUGGGGAAGAACAAAAGAGAUAACCAGGUGCCCAGAGGCGUCAGCAUUGUCUUCCCUUCUCAAUGGCAUUUCUGGUGUCCACCUAAGGAGUCUCCUUCUCCAGCUUUGAAACAUUCGGAAAUUAAACAGAGGACACACUUCAUAUCUUCUUGAAAAUUUCCACCAUAUAUGUUCAGAACUUUCUGAAUAAGCAUAGGAUUUUAAGGUGCUGACAAGCAGGGAACAAGCCCAAAAGACAGGCCGUAGGGAAGGAGAGGCCAUGGAAUAUCCACCAACCAGAUAAUCAUCGCUGGAAUAACUGGGAAGUGUCUGAAUGUAGAUGAGGAUUAACAACAACAACAACAACAACAACAAAACCAGUGUUAUUUUGAUCACCUACUGUGAAAGCUAUCAAAAAAGUCAGGAAAAGGAAACCAAGUUUUGCUAAAUACCUAUGAACAUUGUCAAGGCUACAGAAGUCCUGAAGGUUGAUGGAGGGCCAUGCUAUUCAAACAGCAGGUGUGGCUGAGACAGAAGCUCCUGGUGCUGGGAAGCCUUGCUGUUGGGAGUCUCCUGUAUCUAGUCGCCAGAGUUGGGAGUUUGGAUAGGCUACAACCCAUUUGCCCCAUUGAAGGCCGAUUCGGAGCCCGCGGGCAGGCUGAAUUCCCUCUCCGUGCCCUGCAGUUUAAGCGCGGCCUGCUGCACGAGUUCCGGAAGGGCAACGUUUCCAAGGAGCAGGUUCGCCUCCAUGACCUGGUCCAGCAACUCCCCAAGGCCAUUAUCAUUGGGGUGAGAAAAGGAGGCACCAGGGCCCUGCUUGAGAUGCUGAACCUCCAUCCAGCUGUGGUCAAAGCCUCUCAAGAAAUCCACUUUUUUGACAAUGAUGAGAAUUAUGCCAAGGGCAUUGAGUGGUAUAGAAAAAAGAUGCCUUUUUCCUACCCUCAGCAAAUCACAAUUGAAAAGAGCCCGGCAUAUUUUAUCACAGAGGAGGUUCCGGAAAGGAUUUACAAAAUGAACUCAUCCAUCAAGUUGCUGAUCAUUGUCAGGGAGCCAACCACAAGAGCUAUUUCUGAUUACACUCAGGUGCUAGAGGGGAAGGAGAGGAAGAAUAAAACUUAUUACAAGUUUGAGAAGCUGGCAAUAGACCCUAAUACCUGUGAAGUGAACACAAAAUACAAAGCAGUAAGAACCAGCAUCUACACCAAACAUUUGGAAAGGUGGUUGAAAUACUUUCCAAUUGAGCAAUUUCACAUUGUGGAUGGAGAUCGCCUCAUCACAGAACCUCUGCCAGAACUUCAGCUCGUGGAGAAGUUCCUAAAUCUUCCCCCAAGAAUAAGUCAGUACAAUUUGUAUUUCAAUGUUACCAGAGGGUUCUACUGCUUGCGAUUUAACGUUAUCUUUAAUAAGUGCCUGGCUGGCAGCAAGGGGCGCAUUCAUCCAGAGGUGGACCCCUCUGUCGUUACCAAAUUGCGCAAAUUCUUUCACCCUUUCAAUCAAAAAUUUUACCAGAUCACUGGGAGGACACUGAACUGGCCCUAAAAUAAUAAGUCAGACAACACCAUGUGUUGUACCUGGAGACAUGCAAUGUCUCCUCUAGAUUAAAAUAUGCACUUUUCAAGACACAACUGUCAAAGUCAUGUUUUCAUCUCUACUUGUAUAUACACAGUGUGUGACCAAAUAUAAGACCAGUUUUUUUUCUACUGAAAAUGUUCAAAAUAAUUUGCUGUCUGCAUAGUUGCAUCUUUGAGACGGGAUACUAAAAGAAGAGGUGUGGUAUUGGGAGAAAGUGACUUCAGCUAUUCUCAAAGAGUUAGUCUUCCUUUGAGUCAGAAUUUGUCACCCGCCAUUUACAUAAAUUGAAGCCAAAAGAUGAAUGUGUGAAAAGUACCAAUGGCUGUGAAGCUGCAGGAAGGAGAGGAUUCAGUCAUGCAUUCUUUUCUAAGGGAAAGCUGGCUCUUUAAUUCAGAUGCUGGUGCCAUGAAAACAGAAAAUGCUAUUUUCUUAUGAUUUAAAAGGAUGUCCUAUCUCAUAAAAUUGACAUUGUUCCAAAGUUCCUGUGGUGAUUUUGCACUAUUGUUUUCUCGUAUGGACCAUGAUGUCACUUGUAGCAUGUCAAUCAUACAUUGGAAAGUCCUUUCACUUCCAUGUUCUAUGUCAACAAAGAGAAAUGUCAUGUACAUAAUGUAUAUUAUUGUAAAUACUUGUUUCACACUAAGUAACUCUAUUUUGUAAACUGAAUAUGGCUAUUUAAUUUAUUGUGAAAAUUAAAUUUAUUGUGGUAUUUAAAAAUGGAAUGGAUUAAAAUUACUCU